AGUGACAACCGGUGGGCUCGGGGGCUGCGGGAACUGCCCUGCGCGGUCAGUGCCUCCUGCUCCCUUCAGACAAGGCUUCACUCCUGCCCUGGCCAGAUCCUGAGGGUUUGGGGCCCCGCCAACUGGCCACAGAGACACCCAGGACAUACCCACCAGCCUCUGUAUACUGGAGCAGGGCUGAGCCCAGGAGCGCUGGGAUGGAGACUUCCCAGCCCCCCAGUCUUGGAAUUCUUGAGGCAACAAGGCCCAGGAGACCUCUGGACGAGGGAUGGCCAACCCCUGCUCCCUGAGUUCCUAAGGCCCUAGGAACUGGAGGGGCUGGCAUGGGCCAGACAUCCUGCCUGCAGCAGGUUACAAAUGAGGACACUACGGCUCAGAGAACUCAGGCAGCCUGCCCAGUGUCACACAGCCACUCCUGGUGGCGAUCCUGGACUCCAUGAGGAAGCAGGAGGUGCGGAUGGGUGGGGAGGCUGGCCAGGGCCAUGGUGCUGGCUCCCCAGCCGAGCAAGUGAAAGCCCUCAUGGACCUGCUGGCCGGGAAAGGAAGUCAGGGCUCCCAGGCCCCACAAACGCCCGACAGGACACCAGACACCCCGCCGGGGCCUCAUGGCAAUGCCCUCCCCUCUGGUCUCUGUCCUAUAGACUCAAGGAUACAGAGGCACCGAGAUGCCCUGCUGAGCAAAGUGGGAGGCAGCCUGGAGUCAGGCGGCCCCUCAUCCAGGCUGACCAACCUCCUGCUGGUGGAAGGCCUGACGGACCUACAGCUGAGGGAACACGACUUCACCCAGGUGGAAGCCACACGUGGGGGCUGGCACUCCACCAGGACCAUUGCCCUGGACAGGCUCUUCCUGCCUCUAUCUCGGGUAUCCAUCCCACCCCGAAUCUCCAUCACCAUUGGGGUGGCCGGUGUGGGCAAGACCACCCUGGUGAGGGACUUUGUCCGCCUCUGGGCUGGGGGGCAGGUCGGCAAGGACUUCUCACUGGUGCUGCCUUUGACCUUCCGGGAUCUCAACACCCACGAGAAGCUGUCUGCAGACAGACUCGUCCGCUCUGUCUUUCCGCACGCCGGGGAGUCCGGCAUGGAAGCAGCAGCCCUGGCCAAAGUCCUCCUUAUCCUGGACGGCCUGGAUGAGUGUAAGACGCCUCUGGACUUCUCCAACACCGUGGCCUGCACCGACCCCAAGAAGGAGAUCCAGGUGGAUCACCUGAUUACCAACAUCAUCCGGGGCAACCUCUUCCCAGAACUUUCUGUCUGGGUCACCUCCCGCCCCAGCACGGCUGGCCAGAUCCCAGGGGGCCUGGUGGACCGGAUGACUGAGAUCCGGGGCUUUAACGAAGAGGAGAUCAAAGAGUGUUUGGAGCAGAUGUACCCCGAGGACCAAGUCCUCUUGGGCUGGGUCCUGAGUCAGGUACAAGCCAACAGGUCCCUGUACCUGAUGUGCACCGUCCCAGCCUUCUGCCAGCUUGCGGGGUCAGUGCUGGGCCACUUGUGCCGCCACAGGCGGGGGCCCCAGGAUGCAGGGCUGUGGCCUCCAAGGACCCUGUGUGAACUCUACUCCUGGCACUUCAGGAUGGCCCUCGGUGGCGAGGGCCAGGAGAAGGGCAAGACGAGCCCUCGCAUUGAGCAGCUGGCCCAUGGCGGCCGCAAGAUGGUGGGGACACUGGGCCGGCUGGCGUUCCACGGGCUGGUCAAGAAGAAGUAUGUGUUCUAUGAGCCAGACCUGAAGGCGUUCGGUGUGGACCUUGCUGUGCUGCAGAGCGCUCUGUGCAGCUGCUUCCUCCAGCGGGAGGAGACCCUGGUUUCCUCGGUGGCCUAUUGCUUCGCCCACCUGUCCCUGCAGGAGUUCGUGGCGGCCCUAUACUACUACAGUGCGUCCAAGAGGGCCAUCUUCGACCUCUUCACUGAGGGCGGCAUGUCCUGGCCCCGGCUGGGCUUCCUCACUCAUUUCAGGAGCGCAGCCCAGAGGGCCAUGCAGGCCGAGGACGGGCGGCUGGAUGUGUUCCUGCGCUUCCUCUCGGGCCUCUUGUCUCCACGGGUCAAUGCCCUGCUGGCUGGCUCCUUGCUGGCCCCAGGCGAGCAUCAGGGCUCCCGGGCCCAGGUGGCCGAGCUCCUGCAGUGCUGCCUGCGCCCCGACGUGGCGGUCAGCGCCCGGGCUGUCAACAUCUUGCACUGCCUGCACGAGCUGCAGCACACGGAGCUGGCCCGCAGUGUGGAGGAGGCCAUGGAGAGUGGGGGCCUGGCUGGGCUGACUGGCCCCCAGCACCGUGCUGCACUGGCCUACUUCCUGCAGGUGUCGGAUGCCUGCGCCCAGGAAGCCAACCUGUCCCUCUGCCUCAGCCAGGGCGUCCUCCAGAGCCUGCUGCCCCAGCUGCUGUACUGCCGGAGCCUCAGGCUGGAUGCCAACCAGUUCCAGGACCCCAUGAUGGAGCUGCUGGGCAGCGUGCUGAGCGGGAAGGACUGUCGUAUUCAGAGGAUCAGCUUGGCUGAGAACCAGAUCAGCAACAAAGGGGCCAAAGCUCUGGCCAGAUCCCUCCUUGUCAACAGAAGUCUGACUGCUCUAGACCUCCGCAGUAACUCCAUUGGACCCCAAGGAGCCAAGGCGCUGGCAGAUGCUCUGAAGAUUAACCGUACUCUGGCCUCUCUGAGCCUCCAGAGCAACAGAAUCAGGGAUGAUGGUGCCAGAUCCUUGGCUGAGGCCUUGGCUGCCAACCGGACCCUCUCUGUGCUGCACCUGCAGAAGAACACCAUUGGGCCAGUGGGAACCCAGCGGAUGGCAAAUGCUCUGAAGCAGAACAGGAGUCUGAAGGAGCUCAUGUUCUCCAGUAACAGCAUUGGCGAUGGAGGUGCCAAAGCCCUGGCCGAGGCCCUGAAGGUGAACCAGGGCCUGGAGAGCCUGGACCUGCAGAGCAAUUCCAUCAGUGAUGCAGGAGUGGCAGCGCUGAUGGGGGCCCUCUGGGCCAACCAAACCCUCCUCAGCCUCAACCUGCGAGAAAACUCCAUCAGCUCAGAGGGGGCCCAGCAUCUGGCUCGAGCUCUCUGCACCAACAGCACCCUGAAGAACCUGGACCUGACAGCCAACCUCCUCCACGACCAGGGCGCCCAGGCCAUCGCAGUGGCAGUGAGAGAAAACCACACCCUCACAUCCCUUCACCUGCAGUGGAACUUCAUCCAAGCCGGUGCUGCCAAGGCCCUGGGACAAGCACUACAAUUCAACAGGAGCCUGACCAGCCUCGAUUUGCAGGAGAACGCCAUCGGGGACGAAGGUGCCUGUGCGGUGGCCAACGCGCUGAAGGCAAACACGGCCCUCACUGCUCUCUAUCUCCAGGUGGCCUCCAUUGGAGCCCCAGGGGCCCAAGCCUUGGGAGAGGCCCUGUCUGUGAACAGAACCUUGGAGAUUCUCGACUUAAGAGGAAACGCCAUUGGUGUGGCCGGAGCCAAAGCCCUGGCAAAUGCUCUGAAAGUCAAUUCAAGUCUCCGAAGAAUCAAUCUUCAAGAAAAUUCCUUGGGGAUGGAUGGGGCAAUAUGUGUUGCCACCGCACUGUCUGGAAACCAUGGUCUCCAGCAUAUCAAUCUCCAGGGAAAUCACAUUGGGGAAUCUGGUGCCAGGAUGAUCUCAGAGGCUAUCAAGACAAAUGCUCCCUCAUGUACUGUUGAAAUGUGAACCAAACCACUUCCUGGUGGACCAGGCAGGAAGAUGGGCAGAGACGCAGCUGGAAGCUUUCAAACAAAAAGACCAUUUUCUAGGGUGCCUUCCUGUGGUCUGGGAAUGACACUGACCUGCAUGUGAGCUGAUCUCCUGCAAGGAGGCAGGAAAGGUACUGCCAAAGGAGGUCAUGAGCACCUCUCCUGGUCCAGGGUCAGUGCAGGCAGAGGAGAGAUGGAUACUCUGCUCUGGUACACAGAGGCCAUCCACCAAGGGACCCAGGAACUUAGACCUUAAAGCUCAGCAAGUAAGAAGCUCGUCUGAGUUUACUCAUACCUUGAGGUCUUCAUGUGACCCCAACUUUCUUUUUAUUAUUGCCUUUUUACACUCACUUGUUGAAAAUCAUCCCCUUCCCCCUGAAAUGAGUUGCCAUCUUCCAGCCCAUUAAGAAUAUCAAUUUGGCAUUGGUGACAGAGGGGACCUCUAUUUCUUUUCUCAAAAAGAAAAGGUUUUAGGAGUAUGAUCCUUCGAGAUAUAUGGGAAAAUUAUGGGAAUUUUUUGAAGAGAAAUGAAGGCUUUAUAAUUAUAGAAUUCUGGAGAUAGAGACAAAAAAAAAUACCUUCUCCAAGGUUUUUGCUGCCUUUUAUCCAUUACAGAAUCUCUUUUAGGCAUGGAUUAUGUCUGGCAUGUUAUUUGGAGUCUGCCACACUGGUUAUCGAUAGCACAUUAAAUGUCAAUGCCUUAGUAGUGCUAUUCUAUAUUGGGCUUCCAAAACUACUUUUGUGGCUACAGCUUCCCUCUGAGGACAAGCAAGCUGAGCUUCCGUGUGGCAAAAAUUCCCUCAGACGUCUGUGUUGAAAGGAAAAAGAUCCCAAAUGGACACCACAGUUCUCAUCAACUAAGUAACCAAGGAAAAUGCUUAUGAAGAUUGUAAAAUAUUAUUUUUAAAUUCGAAGAGGAAGCAAUGGUGUUCCAAAUGUUUCUUUAAAAUGAGUAUUCAGGCAAGAAUCACCAAUAGAUGCUAAAACAUGGAUAAAAGCCCAUGGAGGAAGAAGAUACCCACAGUCUCAAAGUAUCAUCCCAGAAAGGGUGUUUAUAAGGGGAAACAGAUACGUUAGAGAAAUUGUACAAACGCUGCCUUAACAACGUGAUUACACUUAACAUCACCAAUAAUGGGACAAAUGGACAUCAGGGGCCCCAAUGUGAUGCACUGAGAAGGACACAUCACUGAUGCAGUAUUCUUGCCAAAAAGAUUUACCUGAAUCUAAUCCAACAACAUCCAAAUUGAGGGGCAUUCUGAAACAAACAAACAAACAAACUAGCCUGACUUCUUCAAAUAUGUAAAUGUCAUGAAAAAUAAAAAAGGCUGGGGACUGUUUUAAAUUGAAGGAGACGUAACAACUUAAUGUAAGAUCUUUGGAUCCUACAUUAAGGCUAGAGGGGACAAAAAUCAGUUAUAAAGAACAUUAUUUGGAAAUUGGGGACAUUUGAACAUGAGUCUUGUAUAGUAUUUAUUGGAUUAGCUUUUUUAAAAGAUAUUUUUGCUAGAUAUAGAAGUCUAGAUUGAAAGUUUUUUCUUUCAGUACUUUAUAGAUGUUGCUAUACUGUCUUCUGGUUUGUACUGUUUCUGGCUGAGUUGAGAACUCAACAGAACAAGAGCUGCAGUAGCCAAAUGCUGGAGAAAGCUGUGUCACGUAAGAACCUACCACUGGAGAAACCUCAGGGCCCAAAGCAGUAGCGAAAAAGUGCGCUCUCCAGGGACUUUGAGAGCAAGCCACACUAGAACUGGAAGGGGAACCCCUACCUCCUCCAAAGUCUCUCGAGCACCCUCUACUGACCAGGCUUAACAUCUUGCUGGCUGACAAAGAAGAGAUAUUACAAGAAAUAGCUCCAUUAUCACAAAGCAGGCAAAAAGGUGAAUUUGGAGCUGAGGCAAUAAACUGAUAGCCAGCACAGGGGGAUUUAUCUGGUUUUACAUAUUGGACAGUUUCUAUUGCUGUCUUCAGGGUCAGUAAUGCUUUCUCCUGCAGUGUUUGAUCUGCUCCUAAUCCCAGUUUGUAUAGUUUCAUCUCAUUUUUUUAAUCUCUAGAAGUUUUGUUUGAGGCGUUCUUUAUAUCUUUCAUAGCUCUCCUUAAUAUGCUCAUGCUUUCCUCUACAAUCUACAAUAUAUGGAAUAUAAUUAUAACUGUUUGAAUGUCCUUUUCUACUAGUUCUAUCAUCUAUCAUUUCUGGGUCAUUUUUUGGCCUGUUUCUUGAUUAUUCUCAUUAUGCCUGAUAAUUUUUUAUUGGAUACCAGACAUUGGGAAUUUUACCUUUCUGGGUGCUAUUUUUAUAUUCCUUAAAAUAUUCUUGAGCUUUAUUCUAGGACUCAAUUACUUAGAAACAUUUGAAUCCUUUCAAAACUUGCUUUUAAGCUUUGUUAGCCAGAUUAGCCAAUUCUUUAUUGUAGGACUACUUUGGCUCAACUUCUGAAGAAAUGCUCCAUUAUUCUGGGUUUCUCUACCUGAUGCCCAAGUCAAGAAAACUGUCUACAAUAGACACUGUAAAAAUCCAGGUAUAAAAGAUUGUGAAAUCCUUCUUACCCUAAAUAGUAGCAUCUACCCAACUGAUAUGCAUGUUUUCAAUAUGAAGUAUGAAUUUAAGCAGAAUGACUCCUAAUGUAGACUUUACUUCAUCAGUUUCUCUGUCAUUCAACCACUCCCAUUCUAUGACCUAGUUCCCUUCAAUUAAAAAGCAUGUUUUCCUUGCAUAAAUAAAUAAAUAAAUGCAAGCCCUCUGCCCCUCCAAAAUGUUCUUUGCCCUCUCUUUUCACUUGUGACUAUCCACUUUUCUGAAGAGUCUUCAAUACUCACUGUGUUGAUUUCAAAUUCCAACCUCUUUUCAACCCAUCACUUGCUGUCUGACUUCUGGCUAAGGUCACCACAGAUUUCCUAAUUGCGAAUGUCAAUGGCCUCCUUGACUCCACCUCAUUUACAACAAGGAUCUAGCACUUGCUCACCUCUCUCUUCCUUGG